CACUGCGCAGGCGCGGUGUGCUGAGCGGGCGAGGGGGCUGGGCUUCGGAGGCGGGGAGAGCGCCUGAGGAGGCUUGGGGCGGCGAGGUUUCCGGGCACCUGGCUUUGCCGCCGGGGUUUGGAGACAGGUCGGGGGCAGCAGCCUUUAGGCCACUUUCCAGACUUCUGUGUGAAAUUGGCAGUCGAGAAAUAAUUUGGAAACGUCUACUUGCAAAAUGACAGAGGCAUUUAAUUUUGAGAAAGGUGAAAGCAAGCUUCCACCACGUGAUUCUUUGAGAAGUCCUGGAGCCCAUCAUAACCAUCCUAAUUUCAGGUUGAAAAGCCCAGAUAAUAUAAUUAAAAAGAACAAGUUUUUGCUUUGUGAGCAAACCAAACAAUAUCUGGCGAGUCAAGAAGACAGUUUGGCAUCGGCACACCCUAAUGGCAUCAAUGGAGAAGUAGGCCCCAGAGGAGACGGGAAGACAUUGCCUGCAGGAAACUCACUAUCACCAUUAAAUGUUGGAAAUAAUUCACCACCCAAAGAAAAGCCCAGCAACAAUGUGCCUCCUACAAAGUCGAAAAAACUGCACAAGGUGACUGAGAACUCUCUGUCCAUCAGUAACCCGGCACUCUUCACCUCCUUGGCACCGCCUCUUCGGUCCACAACUUGCCAUCGCUGCGGCCUGUUUGGGUCACUGAGGUGUUCUCAGUGCAAGCAAACGUACUACUGCUCCACGGCGUGCCAGAGGAGGGACUGGUCGGCUCACAGCAUCGUGUGCAAGCCUGUGCAGCAGAAUGCCCGCAAGCUUGAAGAUAAUAAAUCAUCCUUUGAAACAAAAAACGUGGAAGUGAAGGAUGAGAAUGGGUAUCCACUGGGAGUUACUAAAGAGAUAACUGUUUCUGCUGAGAAAACCAUGUUUUCUGACCUGAGAAGUCUACAGCUCCAGAAGACCAUGGAAGUAAAGGGUACAGUUACCGAAUUCAAACACCCAGGUGACUUCCACGUGCAGUUGUAUUCUUCAGAAGUUUUAGAAUACAUGAGCCAGCUUUCUGUGAGCUUAAAAGAAGCAUACGCAGGUUUGGGGACUGAGGAGGAGUAUGUCCCGGCGAAGGGGGAGGUCUGUGUCGCCAAGUACACGGCUGAUCAGACCUGGAACAGGGUCGUGGUGCAGGAUGUGGAUGUGCUGCAGAAGGAGGCACACGUCUUAUAUAUUGAUUUCGGAAAUGAAGAAACGAUUCCAGUAAACAGAAUUCGCCAGUUAAACAGAAGCAUUGAUUUAUUUCCUCCUUGCGCCAUAAGGUGCAGAGUGGCCAGUGUUUUCCCAGCAGAGGGGAGCUGGAGCAGUGAUUGCAUCCAAACCAUGAAGUCACUGUUAAUGGAGCAAUACUGCUCUAUAAAGAUUGUCGAAGUCUUGCAAGAGGACGUGGUUACCUUUGCCGUUGAUGUUACACUGCCAAGUUCAGGAAAACUCUUAGACCAGGUGCUAGUAGAAAUGGGAUAUGGCCUGAAACCCCAAGGACAAAAUUCUAAGAAGCCAAGUGCAGAUCAAAGUGAUCCUGAAGAUGUUGGAAAAAUGACAGCUGAAAACAAAAUUGUUGUCGACAGAAGUGACCUGAUUCCAAAAGUGCUAACCUUGAAUGUAGGUGAUGAAUUUUGUGGUGUGGUUGCCCACAUUCAAACGCCAGAAGACUUCUUUUGUCAGCAACUACAAAGUGGUCAUAAGCUUGCCGGACUUCAAGCGUCCCUUAGUGAGUACUGUGGCCAAGUGUCUCGACGCUCUGAUUUUUAUCCAACUAUUGGUGAUAUAUGUUGUGCUCAGUUCUCAGAGGAUGACCAGUGGUACCGUGCCACCGUCCUGGCUUACGCUUCUGAAGAUUCUGUACUGGUAGGCUAUGUGGAUUAUGGAAACUUUGAAAUCCUUAGUUUGACGAGACUCUGUCCCAUCGUCCCAAAGUUGCUGGAAUUGCCAAUGCAAGCUAUAAAGUGUGUACUGGCAGGGGUAAAGCCAUCAUUAGGAAUUUGGACUCCAGAAGCUGUUUGUCUCAUGAAGAAAAUGGUGCAGAACAAAAUGAUCACGGUGAGAGUGGUGGGCAAGCUAGAAACCAGUUCCCUGGUGGAGCUGAUAGAUAAAUCCGGGACAUCCAACGUCAGCAUUGGCAAAGUACUCGUGCACGCAGGCCUUGCCACCGAGGAGUGCGGAGUCCUGACGGACAAACCUGGUGACGGGAAAGAAGCCGGCGUUCCCCUGGGUGUAGAAGGAAAAGUAAGUGCGCUGUCAUGGACAUGGGUCGAACUUGCUGCUGACCAAACCAUAGAUGUUAUGGUCUGUAUGAUAUACAGCCCUGGAGAAUUCUAUUGCCAUGUGUUUAAAGAUGAUGCCUUACAGAAACUCAGUGAUCUGAACAAAUCACUUGCAGAAUAUUGCCAACAGAAGUUGCCUAAUGGAUUUAAGGCAGAAAUAGGGCAACCUUGUUGUGCUUUUUUUGGAGGUGAUGGUAAUUGGUACCGUGCUUUAGUCAAGGAAAUCUUACCUAAUGGAAACAUUAAAGUACAUUUUGUGGAUUACGGAAACACCGAAGAAGUUACUGCAGAUGAAUUGCAAAUGAUAUCAUCAACAUUUUUACAACUUCCAUUCCAGGGGAUAAAGUGCUGGCUAGUAGAUGUACAGCCUAGAAAUGAACACUGGACUAAAGAAGCCACAACAAGAUUUCAGAUGUGUGUAGCAGGGAUAAAACUCCAAGCCAGAGUGGUUGAAAUCACUGAAAAUGGGGUGGGAAUUGAACUCACUGAUCUUUCCACUUCUUAUCCCAGAAUAGUUAGUGAUGUUCUUAUUGGUGAACAUCUGGUUUUAAAAGCUGGCUCACCUCAUAAAGACCUGCCAAAUAACCAACCUGUUCAUGAAGAUAGUGCUGACGAUGACACCCAGGGGCUUCAAGCUGUCUCUACAGGUGAGCAGUGGAAGACGAUAGAAUUGCCAAUUAAUAAAACCAUACAAGCGAAUGUAUUAGAAAUCAUAAGCCCUAAUUUGUUUUAUGCUAUUCCAAAUGAGAUGCCAGAAAACCAGGGGAAGCUGUGCAACCUGACAGCUGAAUUGUUAGAAUAUUGCAAUGCCCAGAAGAGUCUGCCAUCCUACACACCAAGAGUCGGAGAUGCUUGCUGUGCCAGAUACACAAGUGAUGAUUUCUGGUACCGUGCAGUAGUUCUGGGGACGUCAGACAUGGACGUGAGAGUGCUGUAUGCAGACUAUGGAAAUAUCGAAACCCUGCCUCUUUCCAGAGUGCAGCCAAUCACCGCCAGCCACCUGGAGCUUCCUUUCCAGAUUAUUAAAUGUUCACUUGAAGGUCUAAUGGAAUUUAAUGGAAGCUGUUCUCAAUUAGUGAUAGAGCUGUUAAAAAAUUUCAUCUUGAAUCAGAAUGUAAUGCUUUUUGUGAAAGGAAUUACUAAGAAUGUCCAUACAGUGUCGGUUGAGAAAUGUUCGGAGAAUGGUACUGUCAGUGUAGCUAAUAAGCUGGUGAUGUAUGGUCUGGCAAAAAAUGUCACAUCUAAAAAGCCAAGUGCUUUCAAUAAAGAAAAGACACACAAGAUGAAUUGCUGCUGCACAGAAUUACAGAAACAAGUUGAAAAACAUGAACAGAUUCUUCUCUUCCUCUUAAACAAUCCUACCAACCAAAACAAGAUUUUUGAAAUGAAAAAGCUGUUAAAGAAAACGGUCUCUCUUGGAGAUAAACACUUAAUGAGGAAUAAACCGUGAAGGCUAGACUCGGGAGAGAAAGUGUAGCAUCUUGUGGUUUUGUUUAUGGGAACUUUUUCUUUGGCUAUUUUUCUUUAAUGAUCUUUUAUGUGUCUAUUUUUGUUUGCCUACCAUUCUUGUAUUAGAUUGGUUAGGAUUUUUUUUUCCUCUGAGUGCUUCCUAAAUAAGCAUCGCGUUAAAAAAUUCAUGGGAAUACUGGGAAGAGAUCCACGGGGCCUUGAUCCUGUAUCAUUUUAUUACUUCAGGAACUGAAGAACAUACAGCUUCAUGUUCUGGAUAAUUCAUAAUUCUACCUGGUGACUACAGGAGAUUUAUUAUUUUCUGUACGUUGGAACUAUUUCCUAGUAAAAUGCUCCCUGCACGCCCCCUCAUCUGCUUCUUGCACUUAAUAAAGGUUCUUUGGUUUCUUGCUCCUUUGCUGUUUGCUCUUCUCUUGUCUGCUCUGAAGUCAUCAGCCUACUUCCCUCCCGUGUUUGCUGGAUGCUUUUCUGACCCUUGAGCUUCCUGCAACUCAACUGGGAAAGGACUUUCCCUUUCUGCCCCUGCCCUCCAUAUCCUGUCAAGUGUGCAGCUGGAGAGAUUUUCACUCUCACAGAAGUUACUAUUCUCUGAGAACAAAUACAGUUACUUAAGUCUAAAAUGCUAAGUUAGAUAGAGAAUGUUUUCUUGAAGCACAUACGGUAAUUUUUAAGUUCUCCUCAACCCAAACACGUGCAGAUUAUGGGCCAGCUGACUUUGCAGCUGGCCCCAAAGUUUGUUUGGCAGCUUCUCCGUGAUUUGAGUAACACUUGAUAACAGCCUAAGAUGUCCUCCACCAACUCAGAGCAGUCACUUAAAAGCCCCCCCCCCUUUAACUGGUAAUGUGUUUAAGUUAAUUUGUGAGGUUAAAUGGUUUUUUCUUUAUGUAAAAGUUGUUCAAACAUGGAUGUGCUUCUACAUAGAUGAAAGUUUAGGCGGCUUUGCUCAAUAAAAUCCUUCUCACUUGUCAACCAGCUCACCCUGUGUUCUCAUUGCCCGCGUAUUACCAACUUUGCUUCUCCCUGCUGGGAGCACUAGAUACUUGGUUUGCUCACGCUGUCUUCCAUUCCAACCACAAUGGACAUAAAAGCAACAACUCUGGAAUCACAAAAUUAGUCUUUUAUCAAGGAAGAUCAGGAAACACAUCAACACAAAUAGUACAUGAAAAUUUAUUUCUUCAAAUUCUAAUGUUUGAUCAAAUGGUACUGAAAAUUUUAACAAACGGUUUUGAUUAUAAGUUUAAUAUUUGCUGAUACAGCUAUUUUCCUUGUUCCCAAAAAUUACACUAAGGUCUAUAUUGGAUAUAUUGCAAAUAUGGGUUAAAUAUAUCCUGUAUUAAUUCAAAAUACCAGACUAGUAUAGGUCUUAUUUCUGAGUAGGUUAAAGUUUCCUGUUUUCUAAAAUUUAUUUAUUUGAAGGGCAAAUUUCCCAAUUUGGUUUACUCCCCAAAUGCCCACAAUAAUCAGGACUGGGCUAGGCCAAAGCCAGGAUCCCAGAACUCCAUCCCGCUUUCACAUGGACGGCAAAGCCCCAGCUACUGCCUCCCAGGGUGCUCAUUGGUGGGAAGCUGGAAUCGCAAGUGGAGCUGGGACUUGAGCCCCAGGUACUCCAAUAUGGAACGAGGGCUUCCCCAGUGGCAUCUUAACUGCUGUGAAACGCCUGCCCUUAGAGGCUUCCUAUUUUAGUUAAUGAGUCAGUCCCAAACUUCAUUCAUGCAGUGAAUAUCGAGUUCCAACUAUGUGCCUGAUACUGUGUGGUGGGUGCUUGAUUUCUUGUUUGGUAGGACCAUGCCUGAUUUCAGUCUUGAGGUCCUCUCUCAAAAUGUCUGCUUUGGUCACAGACAAGUACGCUAAAGUGGAGACUGUGUUUCCAAACAGUUGAUGGUCAGAGGGCUUGUCACACUGAGAAUAAAUCAUAGCUGGUUUACCAGGUAAGGAAUUUCUAUCCUGGGGUACAAUAAUCAGUGAACUCUCAGGAGUUGGUGGGGGGUCAGUGAGGGAGGCAUAAACAAGGUGCCUCUUGUUUUGCUAGAUUUCUUUGUGCUGCACCAGCUAGAAGUCAAAAGCUCAGAAACGUGAGAAUGUGUUUAAUAUUCUGAAGCUGAGUGCUCUUUCUCUACCAUAAAUCUCCAGAAACCAGCUCAGGAGCAUCCUUCCCCGCAGGACUCUAAACUGCCAACUUCCAGGAGAGGAAUCCAGUUGUCAUGAGGCUCCCUGCGGGGGGGAUCAGCAUUGCUGGCAGGUUCUUGGCCCACGCAACUGCCUGCAUUUGGCAAGUGGCACUCCUCUGGGAUUAGCCAAAGAGGCCACCCGACCACUCGUCAAGGUAAGUGGUUCUGUGGCCAGGCUUGCACCCUGGCUGUUGUGUUGCCAUCUGGGGAGUGAAUCAGUGGAUGGGAGAUUCUCUGCCUUACAAAUAAAUCUUAAAGGAGUGGGGCUGUACACUUUAAUUCUUACAGGCUUUAGCUUUGAGGUAUCACUGUUGCUGCUCUUCAUGUCCCCUGCCCCAAAGUUCUGUUAUUAGCCCUACUGGCACAUUUACUCUGGCUCAAUUUGCUAUCUGUGGGGCACUUCAGAAUCAAGCCCCUUGUUGGCUCUGGGAUGAUGUCUUUGCCAUGUUUUUCCUCGAGAAGGCUCUGGCUAGCAGCUGCCCUCUGGGUUCCGGGACGUACCUAACUUGGGCAGCUCUCUUAGGCAUCCUCGUCUGCAUCUGCUCCUUUCAGGCAUGCCUUACCCUACUUCAUCAUUGGAGGGGCUGGCUGCAAAGAAUUUGAGGAAGGUUCCAUGGGGGUAGGAACCGUUGUACUCUUCACCCUUGACAGGACUCUGAGCAAACGGAAUUAAGCUGCUUUUCUGUUCCCAAGCUGUUGGGAGAACUAGAUGGGAAACCCCAGGCUGCCGCGUCUCCGAAGCUCUGAUCGUUGCACUGCUGUGGGUGCCUUGCAGUCCGUGUUGCUGAGUGCUGAAGUCUCCACUUAGCUCUGCACAGCAUUCAGCCCUCUCCAUGGCGUGUGAGUUUACAACUUUGACACUACAGAGCCACUUGUGAAUUCACACUUUUUUUCUUUAAGAAGGAAACUUUCUAUCAGCUAGUAUUUGCAGACACUAGUCUUGUUUAUGUGAUCCCUUUGGUUCUUAGUCCUAUCAUUAUGAUCAAUUGUGAACAGAAAUUGAUCACUGGGACUAGUGAGAUGGCAUUGGUACAUGCCACUUUGAUGGGGUUGAAUUGGAAUCCCCUGGUAUGUUUCUAACUCUACCGUUUGAGGUAAGUCAGCUUGAGCAUGUCCCGAACUGCACAUCUCUUCCCUCUCUUAUUCCUACUCUUAUAUUUAACAGUGAUCACUUUUCAGUUAAGUUUCAGCACUUAAGAAGAAUUGUGUAUUGAUUACAGUAUUCAACCAAAAGUAUUAAGUAGAACAAACAAAAAAAAUACUAAGAGGGAUAACAUAUCAAGUUGCUCAUCAACAGUCAGGGUGAGGGCUGAUCAAGUCACCGUUUCUCCUAGUGUUCAUUUCACUUUAACAGGUUUCCUUUUUGGUGCUCAGUUAGUUGUCACCUAUCAAGGAGAACAAGUGGUAUUUGUCCCUUUGGGAUUGGCUUAUUUCACUCAGCAUAAUGUUUUCCAAAUUCCUAACAGGGAUCCCAGUGGAAAGAACGGGUCAUCAAAGAAGGAGGUACCUUUCUCUGAAGGGAGGAGAGAACUUCCACUUUGACCAUGGCCUUGUCUAAAAAUUAUCAGAGUCAGUGAACUCAGGGGGCUUCCAUAGCCUUGGCAGCUCAUGACAAGAGCCUAGGUUGAUUACUGAGGCCAUAAACAAGAGUGUCAAUUUGUUAAGUCAACAACAGGAGUCACUGUGCACUAACUCCUCAUGUAGGAUCUUUGUCCUUAGUGUGCUGUACAUUGAGAUUUAAUGCUAUAACUAGUACUCAAACAGUAUUUUUCACUUUAUGUUUCUGUGUGGGAGCAAACUGUUGAAAUCUUUACUUAAUGUAUGCUAAACUGAUCUUCUGUAUAUAA